AUGAUUGUAUAUAAGCGACGUAAUCCAGGAGCAAAACUGAAGAAAAAUAAUAUUGAAAUAAAAAAUGAUAGUCAAAGAACCUCUUCAUUGAGUACAGAGUAUCAAUCAGAAAUUGGUAAGCUAUCUCGGGUUGAUACAAUUGAUGAUGAUGUGUCAGCCAAAACGACGCCUGAAGACCCCUCGAUCAACCAUGACCCAUUGAACGACUUUACAGCACAUUUUUCUAAAAUAUUAUCAUACGUUUUUUCUAAAAAGGAAUCGUUGAAGCGUGAUUCGAAGUUACAAGAGCUGUUGAAACUGGUUUUUUCGGAUUUUUGUAGCAUAGAGCACCAAUAUGUGCAAGGCAUGAGAGAGCUGAGCGAAAGAAUAGAUUUGUCAUCAGGAGGAUAUUCAGAUGAUUCAAUUAUGAUGGUAAAAUGGUUUAAAACAUACAUUAAAAGGUUGUCGGACAACCACCGGGAUUUCGUGGAAGCAAUAUCAACUGAAUGUGUGUUGGAGGACACGAAUCAAAAACUUUAUGAAAUUAACAAGCAGAUAAAUGAAUUGAAGAAGGCAUUGGAAGAAUACAAGUCAGAUCGCACAAAGUACAUUUCAGGGUUGAAAGAAAUGUAUUUAAAGGCUAAAUCGAAAGUAUCGAUUUGUCUGGAAGCUACACACCAGGCGCCCUCGAUAAAGACGUCAGUGCACAAGACACUGAUACCAGUGAUACUAAAUUUCGUAGAAGUAACGAAUCUGGUGGAUAAAAGCGAUGAGUUUAAGUUUUUUGUGAGCUUCAACAACAAAGUGGAUUCAUUAGUAAACACGUUGAUGGACCUGGAACGGAAGAAAUCAGCAGAGAUCAAGGACUCGUUGGCAAAGUUUGUGGUCUACGAAACCUCUAAAUUGAGGAACCUGCAAUAUGACCUGAACGAAAUGAUAGAUGAGUUGAACAAGGAUCGACCAAUAAUAAGCUUCGAAGAAGAAUAUGUGAAUAAACAGAAGGAGUGGAUGCCAAAGAUAGGCCAAUGUAGAUCUUUAGAGCUGCAGAAUGGUGUAGAUAAGGAUAAAAAUGAAGGAUAUACAUCAGCAACAAUACAGCCACCAUCAAUUAAAGUGAUAUGUAAGAUUGAAAGUAGUUUGGAAAGGUUCAUAGAGUAUGUUUGGGGAAAAAAUCAAGUUAUAUCACUGAAGGAGUUCUCAGAGGAAAUGCAAUCAUCGCUAGUAAGGCAAAUAUUCUGCGAGAUUGUAUCAAGGAACGCAGUAGAAAACCCAGAAUUGAAAUCAAAAGAUAAGUUCCAGUUACUGGCAGACAUGGUGAACUUGGUGCUGAUGGUGUCGGAAAAACAGUCAGACUACUGGACGGGGUACUCAGUGAUGAAGUUAUCUGAUAGAAUUUACACAGUAGUGGACAGUGAAGAAGAUGAAAGGUGUUAUCUGUGGUCUAUGAUAGGCACAAACAACUACUGGAAAAAAAGAGAAUUCUGGGAAGAGUGCCUAACAAUAAUAAUAUCAAUGGACCUGAAGGCAAUGUUUGAAACGCUGGGAUCUUUGAGCCCAGGAGCGAAGAAAAUAGAAUGUGUGCCGAUCACAGAAGACCCCUUGACGUUCCAAGAAAGAAUGUACAAGUACGGAAUACCGGCACUGGAGUGCGAAGAGAUAGUUAAUAGGGUAUGCAAGAACCUGAGGAUGCCACAAACAUACACAGAAGCAAUAAUACAAGUUUAA